UUCAUCUCAAAGUGAAAACGGGACGGUCGCGACGGCCAAAAGCGUCGCUCGAAUAUUCUCAACAUGUGGCUGGGAACUGGCCGAAUCAAAACUGCAGCAGAACUCCCUACGCUCUCUACAAUCAAAAAAGAAGCAGACAUAUCAAAUGCAGAGAAUGAGCCAGAAGUCAAAGCUGAACCUGUUAGGAUGCAAAAACACUUCAGACUUAAUAAAGUUAAAGUGGAAAAAGAUGAGAAACCUCAAGAAGCUUUUCUACACAAGAUCAAAACGGAAGUCAUAGAAGUUGAUCCUGAUAAAAGGAUGUUGAAGGAGACAACUGAGCCUACAAAACAGGAGCUCAAGCUCAAAGACAUCAAACUUUUCACCGGUCCAGUCAAGUUUCUUCCCAUCCAGCCUCUUCCUCUUGAGCACGUUAUACCUUACCCGCCCUUGUUUGCAGAGAAUUUGACAGACGUAAAAAGUGAACCCAUCAAGCUACUAAAGCACUUCGUCAGACAGCAUCAAAUAGAGAUGGAAAAAAAUGAGAGACAUGAAGUUGCUUCGAAUGCUAGGCAGGGGCCCAAUAUUUGCCCACGUGUCGAACUCCCAGUUGCUCAAAAUCUAAGUGUCAUAAAGGGCCCAGUCCUCCCUCUGACCAGUCCAGCAUUGGUUGCACUGCAAGAUCUCUUAGAGAACAUUGAAGUGAAAUUUACAAAAGAGAAGGAUGAGAUGAAGGAGCCUAAGAAGCCCAAGUUUGAAGAAAUCAAACCUUUUUCUAGUUCUCCUAAAUUUCUGAUCAUCAAACCCACCGAGGAACCAAAAGCUGCCUUGCUUGUCAGGUCGGAAAAAAUAAAAUUGAAACACGCGGAAAAAGAAUGUCACGAAGAAAAUUUCAAUGCUAAAAAGAGACCGAUCGCUCUUAUUACAAGUCCAGCAAUUUCUGCACUACAAGUCCUCUUGGAGAAAGAAAAAGUAGUUGAUAUAAAAGAAAAAUAUGAGGUUAAGGAGCCUAAAAAGCUGAAGUGUAAAGAAAUCAAACCCUUCUCUGGUUCACCAAAGUUUCUGAUCAUCAAGCCUACGAGGGAAUUAAAAGCUGCCCUAAUUGUCAGGUCGGAAAAAAUUGAAUCGGAGGAAUCGAAAGAAGGACAUUGCAAGGAAAAUGCCAUAGCUCAUGAGAUAAUCACAGACACCAGUGGUGCGAUGGACUUGCUGCCAACAAAAGAAGAGGUUGCAGACAUCAAACCUUUCACCGGUCCAGUUAAGUUCCUGUCAAUAAAGCCUCUUCCUCGGAAACACAACAAAAAGUUCACCUGCGACAUUUGCAAAAAAGGGGUGGGGACAAAGGGUGGCUUGAAGUACCACAUUCAGGCGCACCUCUUCGGCCGACCCUUUAAAUGUGACAUUUGCAAAAGGUCUUAUGCGACCAAAAACGAUUUUGACACGCACAACAAAAGACAUUUGGGAAAAAAUGUAAUUUGCAAUUAUUGCCAAAAGCAGUUUCCUGUAAAAUCUUACUUGGGUGAUCACAUUCUUAUGAAGCAUUUGCCUAGAGAACUGUGCUGCCAACUCUGUAGUAAACCUCGCUAUUUCCAACGCAAAUGGGAAUUAGAAAAGCAUCUGACCGAUGUCCAUAAUUCGGAUUUAAAGUGUAAAAUUUGCAAUCAGGUUUAUAAACUAGGGGACUUGUAUCGGAGGCAUUGCGAACAAAGAAAGUUACUGAAAUAUGAGUGCAAAGAGUGCAAAUUAAAAUUCCCGUGCAUGAAUCUACUUUCGGAUCAUUUGAAGGAAAAAAGAAAAAAACAAGCACAGGGCAUUGAAUGUCCAAAAUGUAUGCAGAAAGUGAUUGAUCUGAAACACCAUAUGCGGUUUGAACACUCCAACGUAAAAUGUGACAUUUGUCUUGCUAAUUUUCCCAGAAAUCAAUUGUAUUGUCACAAGAAACGGUGCGGGACUGAUGAGCAAAUUCGCGCACUUGGUUUUCACUGCAAAUUUUGCACACUGUAUUUUAGAACAAAACGCGCAAUGUCAAAUCACUUGAAUACAAAUCAUGGAGUGCUCCCAUGUCCAAAGUGCACAAAGAAAUUCCAGACCAAAGGUCAGCUAAGUUCUCACAUUAGAGAAAGUCACAACUUAAAUAAAUAUCCCUUUACUUGUAUUAUUUGUGAUGUAAACAAGAAUUUCUCAAGCAAAGAACGGUUCAAUAGCCAUUUUAACAGGACCCAUAGAUUCCCUUUUAUAAUGGAUCGCGGCCAAAAAUUGAAUAUAGACGACAUUCAUGCUUGCGACCGAUGCAAAAGUUAA